ACAACAAACUGUCUGUCAGUUUCGGCACGAAGAAUGUCAGGACGACACGCCACCCAUUCACUUCAUUCCAAAAUGCACAAAAGAUGGAUCGUAUGAACCUCUUCAGUGUAUGGAGAGCAUAGGAGAAUGUUGGUGCGUUGAUCAAUAUGGAUAUGAAUUACCAAGAACAAGAACCUCUUCCAGCAAUAAACCAAACUGUACUUUAUUAGCAUGGCUAACUCCAUGCCAAAUACAGCGACGUCAAGCAAUGGGAAAUGAUGGUACCCCUGUGGUGGGACUAUUUGUUCCUGAGUGUAAGCCAAGCGGUGCUUACGAACCCGUUCAAUGUCACACUGACCCUGUCAGCACAGAGAAGACUUGCUGGUGUGUUAACAGCCAUGGCAUUGAGGUAGAAGAUUCCAGAAGAAGACCAGGAAUUCGUCCUUUUUGCGGAGAAAAAUCUUUGUGUGAAGAAAUCCGUAAAGAAUCAAAUGCAAAGAACUUAACCGACAAACCUCUUUUCCAAUGUCAAAAAAAUGGUCGCUUUUCACCGGUGCAGUGUUCUCAUGGAAUGUGUUGGUGCGUCAAUGAAUAUGGAAAUGAAUUCUAUGAUACCGUGACUAUGGAACCCAGAAACUGUUCAGGUCUCGGACUAACCCAGUGCCAGGUUCUUCACAAUAAAGCAAUAGCCCAAGGAAGCUCACUCAUUUCCCGGUGUGAGGUGGAUGGUAGCUAUUCACCUAUGCAGUGUAAUGUUGGACAAUGUUGGUGUGUUGACAGAUAUAACCGAGAAGUACUCGGCACUAGACGCACCGGCAUGGCUGAUUGUCGUUCCAAAGAGGAUAAUGAGAUAUGCAAGAUGCCCUUCGUUCGAGGACCAUGUGAAGCGAUGCUACGUCGAUGGUAUUUCAACAGUGCAACUAAUGCAUGUAGUGUGUUCUUGUAUGGAGGAUGUGCCGGUAAUGAGAACAAGUUUGUCAGUUAUCAAGAAUGUCAACAACAAUGUAGAGGAACCCCUUUAACAAAAUGUCAACAGGAAAAACUGGAAUUCAGGUUCGACCUCAGUACCCACAAUCCAGACUGUAACGAUCAUGAUGGCAGUUAUAAACCAUUACAGUGUCACCUCGUUACUAAAGAAUGCUGGUGUGUUAACAGUGAUGGUAUAAAAUUAGAAGGAUAUAGAUCAACCAAUGGCACCAAUCCUAUAUGUCCUAAUAAUAAUGGUAAAUCUAUAGAAAUACAAGGACUAAAGUGAUGACAAUUCCUAACGGCAUAAUAAUUCCAAUAAAUGCCGAAGAACGGAUAAGCAGAUCUUUAUAAGCAGCCGCUUGUAUAUUUUUUUAUUCUUAAUGAAUGGAUUACGGGAAUUUCAAUCUCCUUAAUAAUUAUAUUUUAUUAGGUUAGUUAUUUGAGUGUCUUUUAUCUCUGCUUUUCUAUAUUUGCCAUUCCGAGGUCGAAGAAAAAACUUGGUUUGAGCUGUCUUUCAUUGGAGUGCAUUGUCGGACUGUCCUAGUGGACAUAUUUCCAAGAUGGCGUCCAUUGCGUCAUUAAAAACUGUCAAAA